UCUCAUGAUAUUGACUGUUGCUCUAAAGCCCCAGUUCAUGGAGCAGUUUGAUUAUGUGAGCUCUUCUGUAUUUGCUUUUUUUUUUUUUUUUAAUGUCUGAUCUAGGCUUUGCAGAGAAAAGAAUGAGAAAGGCCCUGAAGGAAUCAGACUCCAGAAGGGGCAGGAACUGGUGCCAAAUGUACUUUUUUUUCAAAAUCCCUUGCUUUUUAAAGUGAAUCGUGAUUUUGGAGCCUGCCUCGCGGUCUGCAGGCUUGGUGGUGUUCUACUGAUUUGACUGCGACGUGUCCAAGGCUGCAGCAUCAGUCAGGGACCGUCCUUAAAUGAAAUCAAGAGGAUCCACCCAGAGCCAGGACCGCGCGGCUCCCGGCCCGCUCUCGGCAUCGCAGUCACGAGGACGCGGCACCAUGCCCGUUCAAACGAGCCCCCAGGGCACCGCACGUGAGGGCACCGCCCCGUCGCCUGCAGCCCCAUGAGGUCAAGGCACGUUUCCAUGACGUAGCCAUGUGAGGUCACCGUGCGCUCUGCCAAUACACCCAGGCGGGCGGGAUCUCGUGUGCUGCGACUGUGCGGUCCGGUGAGGAUGCAGGAGCGGCUGUGGCCCGCGGACUUCGGGCUACGGGAGGUCUACGGGCGGGCCCCAGGCCCGUGUGCGGGACCAGGCCCACAACCAGGCCGCUGCCCGGGCUCCAGCUCCGGUGCCCACAACAAACAUGGCGACGGCAGGCUCUGCUCCACGUCACGUGACCCCCAACGGCCAGCCCCGUGCGGACCGGCGAGAGCAGGGCCGUUGCUGUGGUUACGGCGGACAGGAUGGGCUCAGGCUGAGUCGCCGACAUCGACUGACUCGCAGACUGAGCUGGGAAAGCAGGGCCGCUGACUAUACGACGUGCCGUCAAAUGCACAAAAUAAACAGACAUGGCUGCCCCUUUCGGGCAGUCUGCCAAAAGAGGAUCCCUAGCUGUUGCUAUUCCUCCUCUUCAAUCUACUGAAGCAUCGCUGAUCCCAGUCAAAUCAGUGCAGAUCACAGUGUUGGAGGGGCAUGACCUGAAAGGUGUAAAAGGAGAAACUCCAGUUACAUAUGUUCGUGUAGAAUAUAAUGGCACAACCCUGGGCGAUUCCUCAAAAACUGAUGUUUCUUCCACUGGAACAGUGAUAUAUAAUUUCACCACCAGCUUCGACUAUAACCCUGAUGGGCCUAACUCUUUGGAUGACAUUGCACACAAGCCCAUAUUCUUGACUGUGAUUGAAGUCUUGCCAAAGGAGAAGAGGCAGAAGGAUGAGAAGACUGUGGCUCUUGGCCAGGCUGUUGUUGACCUCCUACCUUUGCUUCAAGGCAAGUGUUCAUUUGAAGCAACUGUUCCAUUGCAUGCAGCACCUGGUUCUCCAAUGGAGAACUUGCGCCCAGAUGCCAAGUGUGCCCUCGAAGUGGCAGUGUCUGUCCAAGAGUCCCUGCUUUCUGCAGCUCAGCUGUCAGGUGGCAAUCUCCUGAGGGUUACACUGGAGGCUGCUUAUUCCAUCCCUGAUGCAUUUAUUCCCACAGGACCUCAGCAGAACUAUAUGGUUUCCUUGCAAGUGCCAACAGCUGGAGAGAAAGAAUACCCCUUGUUAUUCAAGAAUGGGGUCUUGAAGCUUGGUGGUGAAAAGGAGCCAUUACCUCGACCAAAAAAAUGGCCUAUUAGCAACAUCUUGGCUCCAGGAGCUCAGAGCAUUCCAGACUCCUUCAUUGUUGGUGGCUCCUAUGAGGAUGAGGAUGGAGAACUUAACAAAACUGAGGACAGGGAGUUUCGGAUUCAGGCAGAGAGCGUAAAGAAGAGAAUAGUUUGGGACGUGGAAAGACGCUGUUACCUAGAACCUGCAGCAGUACUCAAUCUUCAGAAGCACAUUGCAGAGAGCCGCUACUGGCCUGUGGAGAUCACCAGAGUGCCUGUGGUUACUUCCACCAAAGGGAAAUCUAGCAAGGCAGACAAGGGAGAUGAUGAUGGACAAAUUUCCUUCCACGGCGUGGCUUAUGUCAACAUGGUGCCUUUGUUGUACCCCGGCGUGAAGCGAAUACGAGGAGCUUUCCGUGUUGUUGCUUAUCAAGUGUGUGAGGUGUUUGAGAAGACUAAAUGUCUACUCAGUGUCUUCCGCGAUCUUGGACAUCAGAUCAAUUUGACCAAAUUAGGGGCCACAGCUGCAGGAAUCAACUCUCCUCAUUCUAGAGCUGUGGCCAGUAGGAACCAGAAGGAAGAUAAAGUGAGAGAGAAGGAUGGUCAGAGAAAGAUGUCCAAUGCAUUAAAACCUCAGGUAUCUGAGACUGCAUUAGAAAUGGAAGGAUCUGGAUGUCAGAACUUAGAAGGACAGCAAUAUACAGAAGCGGGGACAUUCUUGGUGAUGGAAAUAGAGCUGGACAAAGCCUUGGUACCAAAGCGAUUACCAGAGGAGCUUGCUACCCGAGUGAAGCAGAUGAUUCCUCCACGCCCUCAGCUUCCUUGCCGGACUGCAGGAGCUAAGAAGGCUGUGAAAGACUACCACAGUCAGAUUACCAGUAUUGCUGGAGCCAUCCUGGAUGAGUACCAUGAACUGUUUGGGAGGCAGGUGACUGAUGGUGCCAUGAUUGAUCACCAGAUCCUGGAGGAACAGAAGUGUCAACUCAACUAUGAGCUCAAUCACUCAGGAAAAUACUUUGCUUUUAAGGAACAGCUUAAGCAUUCAGUGGUGAAGAUUGUGAGAGAGAAGUACUUGAAGACAACAGCUUUCAACAACCUAGAGCAACUCCAAGCCUUCCAGAGUGAGCUGUACGUGUACCUCGUGGAUCAGAUGCACAUUGCUCUGAACCAGGUAUUGUCACAGGAUACUGCUGUUCCUACCCUACCCACUUUCGCAAGCUGUGAGCAGCUCCGUCUCUUUGCUCAUGAAGCUGAAGUCAUUGGGGACUAUGAGCUGGCCUCUCUCUACUACCAGCAGAGAGUAGCUCGUGACCGUCAGAAUAUCCAGUCCUGGCUAGAUUAUGGGGCUUUCUGCCUCCUGACAGAAGAAGACAUCAAGGCUCAGGAGUGUUUUCGUGAGGCUCUUUCUCUAAACCCAAGUCAUCUGUACAGCUUGCUUCUGUGUGGUAUUGCAGCUGUCAUGAUGGAGCACUAUGAAGAAGCAGAGAUUUUCUUUGAGGAUGCCAGCUGUUUGGAGCCAUCCAGCAUCCUGGCUUGGACUCUUUUAGGGUUGUUCUAUGACAUCCAGGAUAAUGAUAUUCGUGUGGAAAUGGCUUUCCAUGAGGCUAACAAGCUACUACAGACAAGGCUGACGAAGGAGAAAACUAUCACUGAAGCUGCCGAAGGAGAUGAGACUUCAAGUAUCUCCCCCAAACUCGAGUCUGAUUCUGUGGAACCUGUUGUAACCAUCCAGCUGCCAGAAGAGGAGGCUCCAGCAAAAGGGACCAAAAAGAUUUCUCCCAGUGUCAGUAAGAACAAGGACCCACCUCAGAAAGAAAUGAAGAAACUGAGCACAGGUGUCCUGGAGUCAUCCUUUGUUACCACUCCAGUCCCUGUUUCUAGACUUUCCCACCCUUCCCCCACAAUCUUCAUGGAGACCAUCCGCUUCUUGAUGGAGGUCAAUGCUCUACAGUUUGUUCACAGGGCACUAGCCCAUGAGCUGCUGUGCCUUCAGGGAGGCCCCAGCUGUGACUAUUACCUUGUGCUGGCCCAGACUCACAUGGUCAAGAAGGACUUCCCCAAGGCCGAAGAAUGUCUCCAAGAAGCUAUCCAGAUUGACUACCUGAAUCCAAAUGUUUGGGCUCAGAAAGGCCACCUCUGCUACCUAAGUGGAAACCUCAGUGAGGCAAAGGAGUGCUAUGAGCGAACCAUCAGCUUUGUGACAGAUGCUGCUGAGAUGCACUUUGUUUACCUGCGAUUGGGGUCCAUCUACCUAGAAGAAAAAGAGUAUGACAAGGCAAAGCAAAUCUACCUACUGGCCUGUAAGAAGUCAGCAUCCUGCCUUACCUGGCUGGGAGUGGGAAUCGCUUGCUAUAGGCUGAAAGAGAUGGGAGAGGCAGAAGAAGCCCUUUCUGAAGCCAAUGCCCUGAAUAACAACAACGCUGAAGUGUGGGCUUAUCUAGCCCUAGUCUGCAUGCAAGAGGGAAGGCAGCUGGAAGCAGAGCAGUGUUACAAAUACACAGUGAAGUUAGAGCUGAAGAAGGAGGAUCUGCUGCAGGAAAUCCAUGAGGUACAGCAAAUCGUUGGCUUUGGGAACCCAUCAUUCUGAGCAUGCAAACUUCUCUGACCCAUGCCCUCUCCUAUUCAGUCACAGGAUGAGUGACCAUCAGUCUU